UCGACAGUUAGGUUUACGGCUGGUUGCAUGUGGCUGAUACAAGUAAGAGACAGGAUGUUUACGCUAUAGUAAGGCGACACGGCAUAUGCAUGUAUAUUUUUAUUUGAGAACAGAUUUUUGUUGUUUUAAAAACAUUUUAACAGAAACUGAACAGAAUAAAGCGUAAUACAAGAAAAUGGGGAAGCAGAAAAAGAAAAGUGACCUGAGCCAUGCAGAGCUGAUGAUGAUGACAAUUGCAGAUGUGAUCAAACAGUUGGUGGAGGCUCAUGAAGAGGGAAAAGAUAUCAACCUCAACAAACUGAAAACAAAAACAUCCGCCAAGUAUGGACUCUCCUCACAGCCUCGGCUUGUGGACAUCAUUGCAGCGGUACCACCUCAAUACCGGCAGGUUCUGGUGCCAAAGCUGAAGGCCAAGCCCAUCCGGACAGCCAGUGGGAUAGCAGUGGUUGCUGUCAUGUGCAAACCUCAUCGCUGCCCUCACAUCAACUUCACAGGCAACAUCUGUGUGUACUGCCCAGGUGGUCCCGACUCAGACUUUGAAUAUUCAACGCAGUCCUAUACAGGAUAUGAGCCUACUUCUAUGAGAGCCAUUCGAGCCCGUUAUGACCCCUACCUUCAGACGCGCCAUCGUGUAGAGCAGCUGAAGCAGCUGGGCCACAGUGUGGACAAAGUGGAGUUUAUUGUAAUGGGCGGAACGUUCAUGGCCCUGUCAGAAGAGUACAGAGACUACUUCAUCAGGAGCCUGCACGACGCACUCUCAGGCCACACCUCGAACAGUGUAGCUGAGGCUGUCAGGUACUCAGAGCGCAGUAAGACUAAGUGUGUGGGCAUUACCAUUGAGACACGGCCAGACUACUGCCUCAAGCGCCACCUCAGUGACAUGCUGUCAUAUGGCUGUACUCGACUGGAGAUUGGUGUGCAGAGUGUGUAUGAAGAUGUGGCCAGAGACACUAACAGGGGUCACACAGUGAGGGCUGUCUGUGAGUCGUUCCACCUAGCCAAGGAUGCUGGAUUCAAAGUAGUGGCACACAUGAUGCCGGAUCUUCCUAAUGUGGGGCUGGAAAGAGAUGUGGAGCAGUUCAUUGAGUUCUUUGAGAAUCCUGCGUUCCGGCCGGAUGGGAUGAAACUGUAUCCGACACUGGUGAUCCGUGGCACAGGACUGUAUGAGCUGUGGAAGACCGGCCGCUACAAGAGCUACUCACCCAGUACACUGGUGGACCUGGUAGCCCGCAUCCUGGCUCUGGUGCCACCCUGGACCCGCGUUUACCGGGUGCAAAGAGACAUCCCCAUGCCUCUUGUAAGCUCUGGUGUUGAACAUGGCAACCUGAGGGAGCUGGCUCUGGCGCGAAUGAAGGAUAUGGGCACUGAGUGUCGAGAUGUGAGAACUAGAGAGGUGGGCAUUCAGGAAAUCCAUCAUAAAGUCAAACCCUACCAAGUGGAGCUGGUGCGCAGAGACUAUGUGGCAAAUGGUGGCUGGGAGACUUUCUUGUCUUACGAGGACCCACAGCAAGACAUCCUUAUAGGCCUUCUGCGCCUGCGCAAGUGCUCCCCAGAGUCUUUCCGUUCUGAGCUGAAGGGAGGCGUAUCCAUUGUUAGGGAGCUCCAUGUGUACGGCAGUGUGGUACCUGUGAGCAGCCGUGACCCCAGCAAGUUCCAGCACCAGGGGUUUGGUAUGCUUCUCAUGGAGGAGGCCGAGAGAAUUGCUCGAGAGGAACAUGGAUCAGAAAAGAUUGCUGUAAUCUCAGGUGUGGGUACAAGGAAUUACUACAGGAAGAUUGGCUAUGAAUUGGAAGGGCCAUAUAUGGUGAAGCACUUGGAUUGAGGGUCAGAGAGCUAAGGUUCUGUAAAUACUGGAGGGAAGAUUGAGCCCUAAAAGCCUUGUUUGACUUUUUUAACCUUGCUGGUUCUCAAUGCAUGGGACAAUUUAGAAGGAAGAAAUCUUUCAAACUCUGCUGAGACCUGUUUUUUUGUCAAUACGUUUCUGACAUGUACAUUUGCAAGAAAUAAAGAGUCUAUUAAAAUUUC